CUGUAGGCUGUUCUAGGGGUCACUGGGUUCAUUCAAAUAUGGGGCAAUCUUCUUCUUCACCUCUUGCUGCUGCUAAGACUCCCCGUCCCUCUAAUGCUGAGAAGAGAUAUGCCAGCCUGUACGAGGAGCUAAAUACUGCUGAGGGAGAUGGAAAGAAAGCAGAACCAGAUGUCAUUUUUAAAACUCGUUUCAGCAACUACUUUGGAGGCCCAUGCGUCAAGUUUGGGCAGUAUCUUCACGACAGGUUGUUCAAGGAUGUCGGAUUCGUUGAUAAAGAGACCUUCGUCAAACAAAUGAAAACACUUUCAACUUUAUUAGCUGGUGAUUGUCGCCUUCACGAAGCCGAAAAAUACUUCUUUUAUGUUUUCUCACACGGCGAAGAGAAAUUGGACCAAAAAAGUUUGGCGGAAGUAAUACACACAGCCGCCAUGUUUGCACUAGUAGUUGGUUCUGAUCUUCAUGAGAGAGCUAAAGUUCCUCGGGACCAUCCCAUCAUUUCAUCUCUUGUUUCCGCAUCUAUGUUAAUGACCGAUUCCGCUACUCACGAGCUAACAGCUGCUCAGUUUGCUGUAUGGAUGACCGAACACUGUCCAAGACUACUUGAGGGUCUACAGCACUGGACCGAAACACUACUACAUGGAGACCACACAGAUGACGAUAAUUCAAUGCAUACCCAGUAUCAGCUUCCUUGUCCUAAGAUAGAAGAAGGCAUGGAGGAAGCUGAUUUACAUUUGCUAGUUUGGGCUCUCUCUACCAUCAUACCGUUAGCUUAUCUCGGACACAGGAGCCAAGAGAGUUCUCUUCAGUCUAGUAACAAGCAUCCAGUAGGUGGUACUUGGAUGUUACUUUAUUCCAGCAGUCGCGACGGGUUGAGUUUCACACGGUUUAUGUCACUGUCGUCAGAUUAUCGUGACCCCUCUAUACUCCUUCUGACGUGUAGGGAUAGAGCCGUGGACGAAGUGAGACAGUUUGUGAUUGGAGUAGAUAAAGAAUGGAGGGAUGGGUCCCACUAUUGGGGAGAGGAUAACUGCUUUCUACUGGAACUGGAGCCAUCUUUUACUUUAUUAAAAAAGGGAGCUAAAUUGGUAUCUCUGAAUGAGAAGCAGCGUGGGUUUCCAACUGGUAUUAGAUUCAUGUCAGAUACCUCAUACAAGGAACCACUUCUUGUGAUUGACUCAAGUCUCAACACAGCAACUUAUAAAGGAAAUAUUACACUUGAUAUACAGAAAGUGGAGGUCUGGGGUUGUGGAGGGAAGGAAGCAGCUGAAUCACAAAGGAGACUGAGAGAGUGGGAGAAGAAGGAAAGACAGAGGAGACAAAAGAUACACAGAGAAGAUUUGAAAGAAAUGUGGGAGGAAAGUCCUGAUCGGUACAUACUAGAAAUGGGCGGAGUCAAAGUAAACAAUCCAAAAGAGCAACAGCAGCAAUAAACAAAUUAAUGACGCUAAAUUAUUGUGUGUUUUUAGAUGACAAAUUGAAUUUAA